CUGAGGACCCAGAACACACUUCACCAGCUGAAGGAGCCCUUUUAUAUCCAGCCGUGCUGCAGGAGCUGCCAGACCCUCUUUUAUAAUUUUAUUUCAAACGCAGCGCUGUCCCCCAACCUUGAGCCCUCAGCGCCUUUCAUUCCUCCGCGCCGCCAGGGGGCGCGCUGCCCCGCCCCCACCGCGCCCUCACGGCGGGGCGCGCAUUCGCGGGGAUUCAAACGCGAUGGCGGCUGAGGCGGCUCGGGGCUGAGGGGGAGCGAUCCCCGCCCGGCCCCUCGCCCGCCCGCCGCUGCCUYGGCACCAUGUCGUCGGAGGGCAGCGACACGCCGACGGGUGGACAGGCGUCCAAAACCAAGCGGAAAGGAGGAAGGGUUGUGCAGUCUCGCUACUUGCAGUACGAUAAGAAGGACACCAAGAAGGUGCCGGGAYUGUCGAGCUCAGGCGUCGCUCAGCGGAAGGCAGAAAAGGAUGCCUCAUCAAGUUCCUCUUCAUCGAAUACUUCUCUGCCAUCUUCUGGAACUAAAGCAAGAUCAGUUGUUUCUCAGAAACAUGAAGCUUCUGCUGGUGUUGACCAUAGCUCAUUAAAUCAGAGUAUUUUUGAGAAGGGUGACUUGCAGUCCACUUUAUUAGAUGAGGGAAAAAUGAAGCUACCAGACCUUGAUAUUUCUGCUAUUAAUGGUAAAACUGACCCCAAGAAGAGUUCUCAUUCGGAAUCUACUUCAGAAGGAGAUUCAGAGACAAGGGCAAAAACCAGAGUGACGGAYGAGGAAACUGAUUCUCGUGAUCCGAUGGCAGAGCUGGAAUCUGAGACACUGCUUUUAACUUACCUAAGAAUAAGGGCAGAAAAAAAAGUUGCCAAGAUGGAAGAAAAAGCAGAAAAAAACUUAUUAAUGUUGUGCGAAGAAAAGCGGAGGCAGCAGAAGAAGCUCUGGGAACUGAAACGUGAAAUUCUGCUCCAGGAGAGAGAGCAGAAGCUCAAUGAAAUGUUAGACAGACAGAUAGAAGCUCUGUCUCCCCUUGUUGCUGUCUGUGAACAGUUUAARGAACAAUAUAAAAGCUUUGCAGACUCGCUGGAUGCUGCAAGACAUGAAUUACCCAUUAAGAACAUUCACAUAGGAGGAGAUAAGCAAACCUACCUUGAUGAACUGGGAAAGCAAUUAACGAUUACACAGGAGCUUCUGACAGAAAUAAUGCCAAGUCCCUCAGAAGACAGUGGAAAAACACUUAGUGCACUGAAAGAGCUUGAAGAAGUGUCUCAGCAACUGAGUAAAGGGCUUCAAAGGCAUUUCACAGACGUGCAGAACCUGUCAUUUGAAGCCUGUAAAGAAGUUUCUCUGCAUAACCAAUACUUGUGCGAAGAGAAUCAUGGAGUAGAUGUUGUCAAACGCUGGUAUUUCAACUAAGCUUUGUAUUGUUUUACUACUGGGUAGGUACUAACACAAUGCCAGCAGGUUUGUUACCCUUUUACCUCUUGUAUGGACACACAUCUUGCCCAGUUUUUAAGUGAAGCCAGCAGCAGGGGUGCUCACUGAGACAGAAAUUGGAGAGUUGUGUUCCAGGCUGUCCCACAGGGAGACAUCACCGCUCUCUUUUAACAUGGAUUGCUGUGACAGAUUUUCCAUCACUUUCUGCCUUGACCGUAGUGAAAGGUAAAUGAUAAAAAGUGCAAAUCUGACCUCUGUGUUAAUGUACAGCCUGAGCAUUGGUUGCUCACUGAACAACUUCUGCAGGAACUCUUAGUUGUCCCAUGUUUCUGGAUGUGCCGAGGGGAAAAGCUGUGUGGGUACAAAGCACUUGCUUGGAAGGAGACUGGUCACUUUUAGCAAGUGAGAAGUUUUGGUUACUGGUUGCCUAAUUGCCUUGUAAUUAAAUUAUUGAAAUCAUAAAUGCUUUUGUAUAAACCUGACUCCUCUUUAAGGAUUUUAUUCUUUUUAAUAAAGACUAUUUUCCACUGCUU